GUCUAUGUAUCAUUUGAUAUUACUUAUAAAUACGAAGUAUAUUAUACACUAAAAAGAUUCUCCUAAAUGAAAUAUUGAUAUUCCUUGACCAUGUGACCAUUAAUCGAAUAAAUAUUUCUUAUUAACAAAUCAGAUCAGUAAAAAAUAAAAACCCUACAGUUCCCUGCGUGAAAACUAACAGUAAAUACUUUUGUAGUAGAUGUUUAUUUCAAUUUCAAUAGUUCUUAGAUUUAAAUUAAACAUUAAGAGUAUUUGAUAAAAUAAUGUAUAGAAAAGAUGAUUGAUUGAAAGUUCUAAUAAUAUUAUCUAUAUUUUUGUGAUUUAUUUCUAUUUAGAAAUUUAAUUGUUUGGUUAUAGUGCGUUUAUUUAUUAAAUAUGUCACCAAUACAGGAAAAUUUAAGAGAUUCGAGCGGAGAUUCCGGAUCAGAUUCCGACAACGCUUCUGUAUCAUCAAGAUCAAGUGUAAGGUCAGCUAGAUCCGAUGCAAGUAGAAGGUCAGAUGUAAGCAAGAGAUCGGAUGAAAGUAGAAGGUCAGAUGUGAGCAGGAGGUCGGAUGCAAGUAGAAAAUCUAAUGCAAGUAGAAAGUCGGAUGUGAGUAUAAGAUCUGAUGCGAGUAAGAGAUCAGAUAGAAGUAGAAGAUCAGAUGUAAGCAGAAAAUCAGAUGAUAGCAGGAAAUCAGAUGCAAGCAGAAAAUCAGAUGAAAGCAGAAAGUCAGAUGGAAGCAGAAAAUCAGAUGCAAGCAGAAAAUCAGAUGGAAGUAGAAAAUCAGAUGGAAGCAGAAARUCAGAUGGAAGUAGAAAAUCAGACGGAAGCAGAAAAUCAGAUGGAAGUAGAAAAUCAGACGGAAGCAGAAAAUCAGAUGGAAGUAGAAAAUCAGAAGGAAGCAGAAAGUCUGAAGAAAGUAGAAAAUCGGAAGAAAGUAGAAAGUCUGAUGAAGAAAAUGAGUCGAAGAUGUUAGAUUCGAGAAAGUCUCAAAGCCCUAAGGAAGAUAGAAGUGAUAAUGAAUCUGAUAAAUCUUUUAUUGCAGCUGGUAACGAAGAAAGUGCAAAAUCUGAUGACAGUGAUUUAGAAGAAUCUAAAAAACGCAAAUCUAAUGAAUCAGAAGAAACAAAAACUACGAAAAAGCAUAAAGUUGUAAUAGGUUCAGAUUCUGAAAAUGAAGAUGUAGAAAAAGAUAAAGAUGAUGGCGUAGCUCCAACAGCAGAUGCUUUGUUUGGUGAUGCAAGUGAUAUUAGUACAGAUGAUGAGAAAGAAAAAAGAGAAACUGGAAAUAAAGAAAAACGUGAUAGUCGAAGUAGAAGUCGAAGUAAAAGCCGUAGCCGAAGUAGGAGUAGAAGUCUUAGCAGAGGAAGAUCUGAUAGUGGUGGGGAAGGACCAAGUCAUCAACCUGUUAUCGAAGAUGAUGAGAAAGAUAAAGAAGAUGAACCAGAACCACCACCAGAAACGAGGAUCGAUGUGGAAAUUCCUAAAAUAUCAACAGAUUUAGGAAGAGAAAUACAUUUUGUCAAGCUUCCUAAUUUCUUAUCAGUAGAAACUAGACCAUUUGAUCAUGACACUUAUGAAGAUGAGAUUGACGAGGAAGAAACUUUAGAUGAGGAAGGUAGAGCACGAUUAAAACUCAAAGUUGAAAAUACAAUAAGAUGGAAAGAAGUAUUCAAUGAUAGUGGAAGAGUUGCGCAUGAAAGUAAUGCUAGGUUUGUUAAAUGGUCAGAUGGCAGUAUGUCAUUGCAUUUGGGGUCUGAAAUAUUUGAUGUAUAUAAGCAGCCCCUACAAGGUGAUCAUAAUCACCUUUACAUUCGACAAGGUACUGGCCUACAAGGACAAGCAGUGUUUAGGACAAAAUUAACUUUCCGUCCUCAUUCAACUGAGUCCUUUACACAUAGAAAAAUGACUAUGUCCUUGGCAGACAGAUCACAAAAAACGUCUGGUAUUAAAGUUCUUUCUCAAGUGGGAAUGAAUCCAGAUCAAAAUAGAUAUGAAAUGAUUAAGAAAGAAGAGGAGAAAUUAAGAAUGGCCAUGCGUGUUCAGAGUAAGACGAAAAAAUCUGCCAGUGGAGGUCGAAGCACAUUAAGAGCUUCGACCGGAUAUGGUGUCGAUGCUUAUCACGAUGACGCUUCUGAAGAUGAAGGGGCUAUUUCACUUGCAGCUAUUAAAAAUAAAUAUAAAAAGGGAGCUGCUGCUACUUCUAAAGCUGCAUCGAAUAUUUAUUCUUCCGACGAAGAAGGUUCGGACUUUGAAACUAUGAGGCCGAAGAAAAAUAUUAAAGGGAAAGUACUUAAAGAUUCUGAUGAUGAAUCUAAUUCCGAGAGUGCUUCAGUAAGCGGUGGAGAAGAUGAUAAUCAAGCUGAUAAUACUAGCGACUAAAUGAAUUUUGUUAUUAUUGGCAAAUAUUAAAAUAAUGUUAUACACACAUGUAUAUUUAAUAACUAUUAAUUCAAAUUCUCUUGACAAAUUCAA